UGUGGGCGGGUGCUGUUGGGUUUUCCCUCCUCUCCGCUCGUGCCACAAGCGCAAUCAACAUCACAACCGGGUUUUCAGCUAAAAACAAACCCGAAGUUACAGUUCACUAUUAAUAGCUAGCUGUAGUUUAGAGCGCUUUGGUGUCUCCACUGUGCGGAGAAAUGAGGCGUACCAGAAGUGCCCGUAACAAGCUGGAAGAAAAUAAAGAACUUGGAGAGAGUGAGCCUACGACCUGUGUUUGGCAGUGGGAGGUGGGUGAUGGGGAGUGGGAGGCGUUCCCCCCUGCUGAGUGUUCCCAGCUGGACGCGGCGUUCCAGGCCGGCCGGGCCUCAGUGUCUCUGACUCUGAGCAACGGCUCCAAGUACAAAGUGGACUUGAAGAAGAUGAUCCAGACGAACACCACCACCAAGUUCCAGAGGCAGAUCCGCUCCCACGCGCUGAAACAAGAGAGCGCAGGUGAAGCCGGAGGCCUGGCCAAUCAGAAUGCUGGCCCUGCCCCCAUUAAGGAGGAGGAGGAGCCAGAGGAGGAGCCAGUUGCCAAAAAGAGUCGGGGCACGGACAUCACCACUGAAGACUCUGACAGCAAGGAGGUUGUGAAGACGAUGGUAAUGAAGGGGAAGGCUCCGGUGGACUCCGAAUGCACAGCCAAGCUGGGAAAGGCCCAUGUGUACUGUGAAGGAGCGGAUGUCUACGAUAUAAUGUUGAACCAGACCAACCUUCAGUUCAAUAACAACAAAUACUACCUGAUCCAACUGCUGCAAGACGACAAUGGCAAGAACUAUAGCAUAUGGACCAGAUGGGGGCGAGUGGGAAAGACUGGGCAGAGCAGUUUGGUGUCCUGUGGGUCGAAUCUCACUCAGGCUAAAGACCUCUUCAAGAAAAAGUUUUCUGACAAGACGAAGAACGAGUGGGAAGACCGAGACUCGUUUGAAAAAGUCCCGGGAAAAUACGACAUUGUGUUCAUGGACUACGGCAACAACCAGGAGGCCGAGCCGAAGCCUGAGACUGAAGUUGACGGUCCGGCCAAGAAGCAGGCCUCCAAGCUGGACAGCAAACUGCAGUCCCUCCUGGAGCUCAUCUGUGACAUCAAAGCCAUGGAGGAGUGUGUCCUGGAGAUGAAGUUUGACACCAAGAAAGCUCCCCUAGGAAAGCUGACCGUGGAGCAGAUCAAGGCGGGCUACACGUCUCUGAAGCGGAUUGAGGAGUGCAUGAAGAAGAAAGGCAGCGGCAAGGAAUUAGUGGAGGCCUGCAACCAGUUCUACACCCGCAUCCCGCACGACUUUGGAUUGCGUACCCCGCCCCUUAUUCGUACAGAACAGGAGCUGAAGCUGAAGAUAGCAUUGCUGGAGGCCCUCAGCGAUAUCCAGAUAGCGGUGAAAAUGGCUCAGAUGGACGCGGACAGUUUGGAACACCCUCUGGACCGCCAGUAUCACUCCCUUCACUGCGGCCUGCAACCCAUUGCUUCUGACUGCCCAGAGUACAAGGUGAUAGAGGAGUAUCUGCGGACCACUCACGCCCCCACGCACAAUGACUACACCAUGAGCGUCCUGGACAUAUUCGCGGUCGACCGAGCGGGAGAGAAGGACAACUUCCAGACACAGCUGCACAACAGGACCCUGCUGUGGCAUGGAUCCCGUCUGACCAACUGGGUGGGGAUCCUGAGCGAGGGCCUCCGUGUGGCCCCUCCUGAGGCCCCUGUCACCGGAUACAUGUUUGGGAAGGGCGUCUACUUCGCUGACAUGUCGUCGAAAAGCGCCAACUACUGCUUCGCCAACCAGAAGAAGAACACAGGCCUGCUUCUGCUCUGUGAGGUUGCCCUGGGUGACAGUAACGAAUUGGUGGAUGCUGACUAUGAUGCGGACAAACUUCCAGCUGGGAAACACAGCACCAAGGGCCUGGGACAGACAGGGCCCGACCCCAAAAAGACCACCACCCUGGACGGGGCUGCUGUGCCCAUGGGCCCCAGCGUGCGGACAGGUGUGGGGCAGAGCGGGAGAUACUCCCUCCUCUACAACGAGUUUGUGGUGUACAGCCCCACCCAGAUCCGCAUGAGAUACCUGCUGAGGGUGCAGUUCAACUUCACCGCACUGUGGUAGAGAG